AUGGCACGGAUAGGCCUUUUAGCACGGUUGGUGGUAACAGCCAGCCUGUACCCAAUAGCAGCGGCGAGGUUCUGGACUGCCACACAAAUAUAUGUCCUAAACCAAGUUGCCUCGCCUUCUGGGUGCGACGAGUCUGGUGCAACGAAUCAACCAUGCACCACAACGCGACUUGGAUAUCCUUUGUUGGCCACACAUACAACCCAGCCACCCGACGCAACACCGAUAACAACCUCGACUGAGACUGACAACGGGUGGGAUUUGGAGGUACUCGAGGUUUAUUAUCCUGCUGGCGCGCUCCCCCCCUCCGAGCUGGAGGCGGACUCCUUCGACUACUAUUACACCCACACGGUGGAGGGAACGACAAAAUGGCUUGUCAACCUGACAUACACCGCCCCGACCACCUGUCCAACCCCCUUGGAAUACACGACAGCGAUCAACCUCGAGGAGUUUGGACGACUUCCAAGAGAGCUCACCACUAUUCUGGGCCCGAAGGCCAGCGCCGAAGAACCUACUAUUGUUACAUCUACAAGAACUAUUUGGGCUUACUCCGCCGACAACUAUGUGGCACUCACCGAAACCUCCUACUACACAUCUGCGACGUUACACGUACAACCAACCGACAUUGCGCCACGCGCCCAUCGAGGCACUGAGAGAUUCGCUUUCGGACGCUGCAGCAAAAUCAAAGAAGGGCCCGCCGUCAUGAUUACCAUCGUCGGAGCCCUCUUUGUUCUCGGCUUUAUUGAAAAUAUUUUCUGGUUCAGGAGGUUGAUGUUGGGCCGGUGGGCUCUUCGGUGCGGCACGGUAUGCUGGUGGUUUAUUGCAACGUUGCUCAUGAUCUUUGUCACCAAAUACGAAGUCGGGAGGAACGCCGAGGACCAGGAGGAACUGAGGAAGCAGUGGAAGGAGAUGUCGUUUUGGUUGAAGAUUAAACUGUGGCUUCUGUGGGGAUUUCGACACAAGUAUCCUGAGCGCUGGCUGGGGCCUAAAAAGCCGGUUAGUGUGGAGGAAAGAAUUGAGAUGGGAAAUGCUGGAGGAGAUAAUGGAGGCGGCAAUGGAGGGGGUAGUGGUGGUGGUAGGGCUAGCGCUAAUGGGGGAACUCGCGCGAGAGAGCAGGUGGAGCAGGAUGACACACCUUUGCCAGUUUAUCCCGGCCUCCUUCCUCAAGUGUCAGUGAUGGGCAUUCGAUGA